AUGGACGUGGCCGACAUCCACACCUUGCAGUUGCCCCUAAAAGGAAACGGCGCCUUCGGCAGCAUGGCGGCCGGGGACCAGGCGGUUCCGGCGCACGGGGGGCGCCGACAACUGUGGGCUUCCAUGCCGGAGGAGUUCUGGCUCUACAUAUACAAGGUGCAGCUGUGCCCGCGGCCGAGCAACCACGACUGGACCAGGUGCCCCUAUGCGCACAAUGGCGAGCGCGCACGCCGCCGCGACCCGCGCAUCUACCGCUACAUCGCCAGCCCCUGCUUGCAAUACCGCGGGCAGCAGCCGCCGAGCUGCCGACACGGGCUCAGGUGUCGUUACGCGCACGGUGUGUACGAGAUGUGGCUGCACCCGUCCCGGUUCCGCACGCAGAUGUGCUUGUCCAGGACGCGCUGCCCGCGCCCGAUCUGCUUCUUCGCUCACUCCGCCGCUGAGCUCAGGGGCGACGAACACAUCGCCGCCGCCGAGCUCAGGGGCAGCGUCUACAUCGCCGUCACCGGCGUGACGCUACCGAUGGUAUCAUCCCUGCCGCUGUCGCCACCUCGUAUACAGAAGCCCCCUGUUUAUGCUCCUUCAGCUUCACCACCACCGGCGGCUGUUUCACGUGACCAGCCGUUCGAUGAUCAGGACAUGGCUAACAGGCUUCGGCUCCUGAGCCUGUACUCUGCCUUUGAAGCUGACACCUUGUUUUCUUCCACUGCCACCGCUGCAGCUACUGUGGCCACUGCUGCUCCCGCUGCCGCCACCGAGCCAACGAUGGUGGCCUUACUGGACGGUGGCGGUGAGGGCGUCAAGUGCGGCCGUUGCGUGGAGGAGGAAGACUCCAUGCUGAAUGACUACCAGUACCCGCACAUUGAUCUCAUCAUAGACUUGGUGAGCUAA